GAGGACCAUGCUGAGAGCUCAACUGAUCGCUGUCCUGAGUUCAAGUCGGUAACAGCAGCCGACAGCCCUCCUCCUGCCCAGACAGUAUGCGCUGGAUUGAAAGCAUCGCUCUGAGAGGGGAGAAGUCAUGGCAGGAUCACCAUGCCGUGCUCAACCAAGGGGAAGAAAGCGAGCUGGAGAUAUUUGGCUACAAAACCCAGCGUUCCCGGAAAGCCCUGUGCAUUGUCGGGUAUAUCUUGUCCUGCGGGGCCCUCCUGCUUCUCUUCUACUGGAAACCAGCGUGGGAUGUGUGGGCAAACUGCGCUCCGUGUAGCUUGCAAGACGCGGAUCUGGUCCUGCUUCGAACAACGGAUGAAUUUCAAAGAUACACCAGAAAGAAGGUGACCUGGACUGACUUGAGCACACUGACAGUGUCAGUUAGUGAUAAACCAGAUGGUCUCCUCAUUGCCGACAAGGAUUCUAUUAUAAAUAGAGCCAUCAUGAAGCCAGAGUUAAAAGUGAGGUGCAUCCAGGUGCAGAAGAUCCGGUAUAUUUGGGAUAUUUCUGCAAAACAGUUCCACAAAGUCGGGUCACUGGAGGACAGCAACUCAUGUAAUGACAUGCAUCAGAAGUUCGGAGCUGGGCUGACAAGGGAAGAACAGAAUAUCAGGAGGCUAGUGUGUGGCCCCAAUGCCAUUGAAAUUGAAAUCCGCCCUAUUUGGAAAUUACUUUUUAAAGAGAUUUUGAAUCCCUUUUACGUCUUCCAAGCCUUCACCCUGACGCUCUGGAUAACCCAAGGUUACGUGGAGUAUUCAGUGGCUAUCAUAAUCCUGUCAAUCAUUUCCAUUAGCUUGACUGUGUUUGACCUCAGACAGCAAUCCGUCAAGCUGCACAACCUGGUGGAGGAGCACAACCGAGUCCAGGUGAAAGCGUGCACAAAAGAUGAAGGUUGCAAAACUCUGGAGUCUCACCUUUUAGUCCCCGGAGACGUUCUUGUUUUAGAAGGAAAGAAGCUCUCUUUGCCAUGUGAUGCCGUCCUGAUCGAUGGAGGCUGUAUUGUAAAUGAAGGCAUGCUCACAGGCGAAAGCAUUCCCGUCACUAAAACAGCAUUGCCCCACGCGGACAACACGAUGCCCUGGAAAACCCACAGUGUGGAGGAUUACCGAAGACACGUCCUCUUCUGCGGAACCGAGGUCAUACAAACCAAGCCGAGCGGCAGAGGGCCCGUGAGAGCCGUGGUGCUGCAGACCGGAUUCAACACAGCUAAAGGUGACCUGGUGAGAUCCAUCCUGUACCCCAAGCCUGUGAACUUCAAACUCUACAGAGAUGCCUUCAAGUUCAUUGUAGGCCUUGCAGUGAUUGGCGUACUUGGCCUGAUCUACACAGUGUGCGUGUACGCAUACAGGAAGCAAUCUGUAUCGGACACGAUAACGAUGGCUCUGCUCCUCCUCACCGUCCCCGUGCCCCCCGCUAUCCCGGCGGCUUUGACAACAGCCAUUGUUUAUGCCCAGAGGAGGCUGAAGCAGAAGAAAAUUUUCUGCAUCAGCCCACAGAGGAUCAACAUAUGCGGGCAGAUCAACCUGGUUUGCUUUGACAAAACUGGCACGCUAACAGAAGACGGUCUGGAUCUAUGGGGAGUGAUCCCUUCAGAAGGAAGCCGUUUCCAGAACGUGCACAGCUUCACCUCCGGCGCUCCUCUGCCCUGGGGACCGGUCUGCGGAGCCAUGGCGAGCUGCCAUUCCCUGGCUCUUUUGGACGGGAAGAUACAAGGAGAUCCACUAGACCUGAAAAUGUUUGAGGGCACAAACUGGGAGAUGGAAGAUCCAAGCGACACUGAAGGGCUAGACUCGUGCAUCGUUAUUAAACCAGGACCAAACGCUAGCAAUGCUCCGGUGGAAGGGAUCGUGAUUCUCCAUCAGUUCCCAUUUUCCUCCGCGCUGCAGAGAAUGGCUGUUGUUACCCAGGAGGUCGGGAAGAACCAGUAUGAUCUGUAUAUGAAGGGAGCACCCGAAAUGGUGGCCAGCUUUUGCAGGCCAGAGACUGUCCCAACUGAUUUCGUGAAGGAGCUUCAGGUUUACACGACACAAGGCUUUAGAGUCAUUGCUCUGGCACAUAAAGCGCUAAACGUGGGAAAGGAUGUGGCUGUGGACAGCUUAGAGAGGGAGGACGUGGAGUCCGGCCUGGCGUUCCUGGGCCUUUUGAUCAUGGAGAAUCGGCUGAAGAGAGAGACCAAGCCUGUGCUGGAGGAGCUCAGCGCCGCUCGCAUCAGGAGCGUGAUGGUCACAGGUGACAACCUGCAAACAGCUGUGACUGUGGCCAAAAACUCGGAAAUGAUCCCCAAGUCCAGCCCAGUGAUUCUCAUAGAAGCCAAUGAGCCAGAAGGCACCACCCCAGCAUCCAUUACCUGGCAACUAAUGGAAGAGAGCAAACAAGCCACAGCUGAAACCAAUGAAGUAUACGUUGACAUUGAGACGAGGACUCCUCCCGACAGGGAUGUCCACAGUCACCAUUUUGCCAUGAAUGGAAAGUCGUAUCAAGUUAUAGUGAAACAUUUCAGCAGCUUGCUGCCAAAAAUCCUAGUGAACGGCACAGUUUUUGCCCGGAUGUCCCCCAACCAGAAGUCCAGCCUCGUGGAAGAGUUUCAAAACCUGAAUUACUACGUGGGCAUGUGUGGAGAUGGAGCCAACGACUGUGGGGCUUUGAAAGCAGCCCACGCUGGGAUCUCGCUGUCAGAGCAAGAGGCAUCAGUGGCUUCGCCUUUCACCUCCCAAAUCCCCAACAUCGAGUGUGUGCCAGAACUGAUCCGGGAAGGCCGUGCUGCUUUGGUGGCUUCCUUUGCAGUGUUUAAAUACCUGACGCUCUACGGCUUGAUUCAGUUUAUUGGCACUUCGUUGCUUUUUUGGCAACUACAAAUCUUUGGGAAUUACCAGUACCUCAUCGAAGAUGUUGGCAUCACACUUCUGGUUUGCUUAACAAUGAGCCUGACCCACGCCUACCCAAAGCUGGCGCCUUACCGACCUCCAGGCCAGCUCAUCUCUCCUCCCCUGCUGCUCUCCAUCGUCCUCAACGUGUGCUUCACGACAACCAUCCUCUUCGGCGGUUUCCUCCUGGUGAAGCAGCAGCCUUGGUAUUCGGAGACGCCCAACCCCAGAGGGUGUCCCCAGCCCCUGGCUCCUGUCAGCACCGCAACCACAAAUGCUACGCACGUCCCCAGCAGCGUCCUCAGUUAUGAAGGCACCACGAUGUGGCCGCUGGCGACCAUCAACUGCAUAAUUAUAGCCUUUGUGUUCUCCAAGGGGAAGCCGUUUCGGAAGCCCAUCUACACCAACUAUAUAUUUUCACUCUUCCUGCUCCUCCAGCUUGGAAUCUGCAUUUUCAUCCUCUUUGCUGACAUCGAUGCUGUGUACCGUGGGAUGGAGCUCCUCUGCACUCCCACGAUGUGGAGGGUUUAUAUCUUAAUCACCGCGUUGGUCACCUUCUGCGUAUCAUUCGUGGUGGAGGACCUCGUCCUGCAAAACAGACGUCUCUGGCUGCUGAUUAAGAAAUGCUUUGGCUUCCGCUCCAAGAGCCAGUACCGGAAGUGGCAGAGGAAGCUGGCGACGGAUCCAACGUGGCCUCCUUUGCAGAGAACUGAUUUUGCAGAAAACGGCAAGAACGAGAUCUACACAAACCCAGCCUACGAGCACAGCGAGGAGAAGUGAGCCUUCCCGCAGGAGCCCAGCCACAGCCUUCGGGCAACCUCCCUAAUUUAUAAGGAACCUGGACUAGCUUCACUGUUUUUAUGUGUACAAACACCACUUCCUUUUUGCUUUAUUAUUCUUUUUUAAAUAUAAGCAUGCCAAUACCAGCCACGUCACAUCAUUUGAGAGGUGCAGGUGGGGUCUGUUACAGUUUUGCCCUCGGACACUGACAAGCACUUUCUUUUUGUAGAGUAACCAUAUUCAAGGUAGUUUUACUCACUCAAUUGCUUUUUAUGCUAAAUACAGGUAUCUGUUCAAUAAAACUGGUAUUGCAGAAAA